UAACACAGCCUGAAUCAAGGAGUAGUGAACAUCACCUCAUGAGUCACCAGUCCCACAAAUACGAACCGAUCAACAACACCAACCCGAUGACUCGCAUCUUCAUACGAACUCUACACUACUUACCUGGGUCAUCAGCCCAGAACUCAAGAGUCGCCAUAAAACCCUAAUCCAACACCCAGAGCUACAAACACCAGCAAGCACCCAUCCCAAAACUACAAUUACACCACUACACCACCACACCACCAACAGAAUGCCACGCAAAGAUCUCAGAACAAAACCCACCGAACAUGACCAACAAAAAGACCCCUUAAAAAGAAACCCCCACAUAGCCACAACCCCAACCCACAUCUUCUUCCACGGCGGCCCCCUCUCAAACUGGCACCCCAGCACGCCGCGCUUCCCAGGCCACAGAGCCCUGACCCUGUGUCUACCAGACCUAGACGCUCUGGGCAUCCCGCACCCGUCGCCAAACGCGGCCGUCACACGACUCAUCCGCUCAUGGUCAUUCAGCUGCGGCGAGCAGUGGAUGAUGGCGAUGAAGGGGUGGUUAUUCGAAGAGAUUCCUGGGUUAGAUUCGGGUGUUGAUAUCUGUGAUGAGGAGUUCGAGGCUGUGAGGGCCGUGGCGGUGGGUAUCUCUGAGCCAGCGCUGGAGUGCCACCGGGAGAGGGCGAUUUGGGAGUCGACGGUUGCGAGCGUGUUGAGGACGACACAGCCGAGGGUGCAGAAGGCGUUGGGGCGCGCUGCGGAGGGGUUUCGCGAGGAUGUUUGGGAAUAUGCCAGCGAGGUGAUCGUUACGGCUGGGUGUGUGGCGAGGGCGGAGGUGGAUUCGGCGCUGAGGGAGGUGUAUCUUGCGAGUGCAGGACGGAAGUUUGUGGAGGGGAGUGUCAGGGAUCGUGUUUGGGGGGUUGGGUUGAGGUGGGAUUCGGCUGAGAUUCAGGAUGAGGCGAAUUGGAAAGGGAAGAAUCGGUUGGGGAGGUGUCAUGAUGAGGCGGCGAGGGUUGUGAGGUUGAGUUCGUAGGUUGUUUUGUAUGGAAAUGGUUCUUGGGAGGAGUAAGCUGGUUAUGGAAUUUACUGUUAUUGUUCGUCUAUGGAGAUGUAUAGCGAGUAAUGACCGGGACCGGAUCCUAUGGCAUCCUUUGCUGCUAAAGACAGACACAAUGAGAUCGUCCAGUUGGGCUUUUUGUCCCAUUGGUAGCAUAUCUGGUAGCAGGCCGCGGGAGAUCAGGGAAACCUGAACGGCGUCGAACUUCUUAUCUAACACGCUGAUCGUCUGAUUGCUUCAUGAUCCCCUCAGAUAGCUCCGCACUGCUGCUCUUGACGAUGCAGCAGGGGUCAAUCCAGAUAUAGUCAAGCCCAUAGGACCGCGCUUGCCCAAAUGCUCCUUGGACCUUUGGCCAUGAGGAAUUUCUUUGUUCGGUGUGAUGUUGCAUAUCUGUGAAAAGAACCUCAUGCUCUUCCCAGGCGUGGGACAGGAUUGCAUAUCUGGGGAUACGGUCCGGCGUAAAUUCCACCAGUUGAAUGGUAGAG